AUGGCGUCAGAGGAGCCCGACGAGGGAAGCGGCAAAACCGGCGCGGAGACAGUGACUGACGUGGCAACCGCCGGCGAAAAUACCAUCCGGCUCGGCCGCACCAUUUACGAUGUCCUUGCAGGACCUGCGACAGCCGUUACAGGCUGGCUUGCUACCAAGGCGAGUCGGGCAGAGGCGGUUGCCGACUACGAAGGCAGCCUACGGGAGUGGUUGCAAGAGGCCAAAGAAGGCACGCGAUACCUACAACCGAAACUGACCAAUGAUUCCUUCAACCUGCAUCUUGGAUCUCAACUUCCAAUCGCCGAACCACCGGCAACUUCUACAUCCUGUUUUGCCUGGGUCAAGCUUCUAUAUGCUCUCAAUAUACGUCCAGGGGAUGGCGUUCUGGAGUGGGAGCGGCCAGCGAAGGACAUCCAGCCCGGUACGGAUACGGUUUGCCUCAUCGUUGAAGGCCAAGCUAUGUGCCACAUCAUCAAUCUUUUCCGCAUUUACCGAAGUCCUAUGCCAAGGACUCUCUCAAUGGGCCAUUCUUCUAACCAGAAGGAUGCAGAAUGCGAAUUGUCUUUCGGAACGAUGAAGUUCAGGCCAAUGGAUGAAGGCUUUGUGGUAAAAUUCGAACCAGCCACGCAAGGAGCCCUUGCGCGUAAGAAAGCUCCGUUCAGGCACGAUUUCCACUACCCUGAAUUUCCAGAGUUCAAGUUCAAGCCCGAACUGGUACUUUCCAAGUACAUCAACUGCUGGGAGCGUGGCGCGCCAAUGUCAGACCACAAUCCAAUAGGCUCAGCUCCGAAGCAACGCUCCGGUGCAAAGUUUCCGUUCGACGCCCGAGUCGAAUAUCUUGAGAAGGCGCUCUUACUUCUCGAGUCUACCCACAAGUGCCACUCCAAAUGUCGACCAGUAUGCCAGACGGAGGAUGCGCGACAUGUCUGCACCAACUCAUGCAAAAUGCGUUGUAAGAGAAGUGGCGAGCUUGACCCGUCGCAGCCGACCGUGGUGACCCAGGACUGGCUGAAAGCCAUUUCACGCAUUAAACAACGAGUAACGACCGAGGGAGGAAAAGAUGAUCGAUUGGUGGAGGCGCUCGUCGAGGCGUUGGGCAAGCAGAAAGGCUUCAGCGACGAUGCGGUCAAGCUCAUGAAGAGAGACGGUCGUGCAGAGGGCAAGUGGGAAGAUCUUGUAAGGAAGGUGGUCCGGUCCAAGAUGCUGUACGAGAGCGGUCUGAUUGAGCUCAACUGGGUCCAGACAAUGAGCACCGGGUCAAUAUUCGACGAGGAACUCAAAGAGCUUAUAGAGGCUCAUCUACCCUCUGCAGUCAAGACGGCCAUCGACAAGGGUAGCUGCAGUUGGAUUGAGCGGCUGUCUGGUAUGAACAAACAACUGGCCAACAUUCUUCGCAUCCCAAACACGAUUGUCAAUUGUCCGGUUAUUGCCUUGGAGCUAGAACCAGGCCAUAGAUUCUGGGGUAGUCACUUUGAGAUCCAAGGCUGA